GGGGCGCGCGUGCGCUUCAUUUGAAAGCAGUCUGUCUCGCGACUCCAGACGCACUCACAAACAGCGCGAGCCAGAGUGAACGUGAGCGCGCGCAGCGUACCGGGGACAUCAGGAUGGUCAUCCGGGUGUUUAUCGCCUCCUCGUCCGGCUCUCUGGCGGUAAAAAAGCAUCAGCAGGAGGUCAUAGGCUUCCUGGAGGCAAACCGAAUCAGUUUCGAGGAGGUCGAUAUCACCACGCUGGACGACCAGAGACUCUGGAUGUACGAGAACAUGCCAGAAGAAAAACGACCUGAGAAGGGCAACCCUCUCCCUCCUCAGAUCUUUAAUGGAACCGUCUACUGUGGGGAUUAUGAGGACUUCUUCCUGUCUAAAGAAGUCAACACUGUGUUUUCUUUUCUUGGCCUCAACUCUUAAGCCUCAGGUAAGGAUGCUGAAUCCGAGGUUGUUUGAAUCGUCCCGCGGUACUGAAGCACACGAUUUGUGAUUGUUGUCCUGAGAGGAUGACGCCGUCACUGCCAGCUAUGCACCUGCCAAAUUUGUGAACCUCCUCACCAUCAAAGAGACUCCUGCAUACACAAAUACACACGUUCAGACUAAUGCGACAGUGAUGCCAACACCAGUCCUGUGUUUAUGUUGUUGCAUGACUUGUCUUAUAUAACAAUCACACUGACACAGCUUGUGUAAUGUGUAUCACUGUGGAUUUUUUUCUUAAUUCUGUGACAAUCACUGUAUGAUGUUUGUACCUAUCCCGAUACAGUACAUGAGAUUAUAUAAUGUAUGUCUGCGAUGUUUUAUGCUUUCUUAAUGCGUGAAUGAUUUUGUCAAUGCAAAUGUCAACAUUUUUUAAAAGUUGAUAAGCCAAAGAAUUGAAGUUGAGACAAAUAAAUAAAUGUGUUCGUCUCAUGAUGUUUUGCUGUCUGUAUAAACGCGUUGAUGUCCGUUUGAGAUCAGGUCAGAUCUCAUGAUCUUACUGCUGCCUACACUAGUGCUACGCAUGUCCUUUCACGUGUCACGUUAUACACUUAACUAACACUUUACCAUGUUGGAAAACAUAAAGUUACUGCUUUACCUCUCACUGUUACGAAACACUGACACUAGAGACUGCUUCCAAAAAAAAUCUUUAAUAAACGUGUCCUCACAUCAA